AGGUUAUAAUUAUAUUUAUGUUUUGUAAUGUGUAAAUGGGUUACAUUAUUAUUCAGUGUUAUUUUUAUGUAAUCAAAAAUAGUUUUUAUAACUUUCUUCAUAUUUAAAAUAAAAAAACCAUUCUGUAUUUUUAUAAUAAUAAGUUAACAAGCAUUAAAAGUUAAGUUUUAAAUAAUGGCAAACACAGGUGUAUUACCAUUUGUUAGAGGAGUGGAUUUUACAAGCUAUGAUUUUAGUAAUGAAAAUUUUCCGGGUGCUGUGCAAUUAAUGACCGGUGUGCAAUGGUUAAAAUUAGAUAAAACAAAAUUAACAGAAAUUCCAAAAGAAAUGGGAACAUUACAAAAAUUAGAACAUUUAUCAUUAACACGAAAUAAUUUAGAAAAAUUAUACGGUGAAUUAACAGAACUACAAAGUUUACGAACCUUAAAUCUACGACAUAAUAAAGUGAAAACAUCUGGUAUACCAUCUGAAUUAUUUCAUUUAGAAGAAUUAAAUACGUUAGAUUUAAGUCAUAAUAAUUUAAAAGAAGUGCCGGAUGGUUUAAAUAACGCACGAUCAUUAUUGGUCUUAAAUUUAAGUCAUAAUCAUAUUGAUGCGAUACCAAGCUCAUUGUUUGUAAAUUUAACGGAUUUAUUAUUUCUGGAUUUAAGUAAUAAUAAUUUAGAAACGUUACCGCCACAAACACGCCGUUUAGCUAAUUUACAAACGUUAAUCUUAAGUAAUAAUCCAUUAGGACAUUUUCAAUUAAGACAGUUACCAUCACUUUUAAAUUUAGAGACAUUACAUAUGCGAAAUACCCAACGAACAUUGAAUAAUUUUCCAGCAAGUUUAGAUUCGUUAACGAAUUUAACGGAUUUGGAUUUAUCGGAAAAUGCUUUACCAAAAAUUCCUGAAGCUUUAUAUUCAUUAUCUAAUUUAAAACGAUUAAAUUUUAGUUCGAAUGAAAUUACAGAACUUUCAACAGCAAUCGAAUUUUGGCAAAAUUUGGAAACGUUAAAUUUAUCACAAAAUAAGUUAAAAGCUUUGCCAGCAUCAAUUUGUAAGAUUACAACGUUACGACGACUGUAUGUGAAUGAUAACGAAUUAGAUUUUGAUGGUAUACCAUCAGGGAUUGGUAAAUUAUGUCGAUUAGAAGUAUUCUCAGCAGCCAAUAAUCAAUUGGAAAUGAUACCAGAAGGUUUAUGCCGAUGUGGGUCGUUGAAGAAAUUAAAUUUAAGCUCAAAUUGCUUAAUAACAUUACCCGAAGCAAUUCAUUUACUAACAGAUUUGAAUGCGUUAGUUUUAAAUGGAAAUCCCGAUUUAAUAAUGCCACCAAAACCCACAGAAAUUCUAAAACGUGGUGCGGGUAUGGAAUUUUAUAAUGUAGAUUUUUCUUUGCAAAAUCAAUUACGUUUAGCUGGUGCAAAUGUACCCAUUCCAUUGCCGAAUAAUCAAUCUAGUAAGGAUCCAAUUGCAAGAAAGUUGCGAUUAAAACGAAGUCGUCGAGAUCAAGAAGAAGCUGAUCAAGCUAAAAUCUUAAAAGGUAUGGAAGACAUCGCCAAAGAGAAAAAUGACAUGUCAUAUGACGAUUUAAAAGCAGAAUCGUUAAAACCAAAACGUUGGGAUGAAUCUUUGGAGAAACCACCAUUAGAUUAUUCCGAUUUCUUCGAUGAUGAUGCUGGACAAGUACCUGGACUAGCAAUAUGGGAAAUUGAAAAUUUCCUUCCAAAUAGAAUUGAAGAGGCUACUCAUGGAAAAUUUUAUGAAGGAGAUUGUUAUAUUGUCUUGAAAACAUCGUUAGAUGAAAACCGUGCUUUAACAUGGGAAAUAUUUUUUUGGAUUGGUGAAAAAGCAACGUUAGAUAAACGAGCAUGCGCAGCAAUCCAUGCAGUAAAUUUACGAAAUUAUUUAGGCGCACAAUGUCGCACAAUACGUGAAGAACAAAAUGAUGAAUCCGAAGAAUUUCUUGGAUUAUUUGAUACAGAAAUUACGUACAUAGCUGGUGGGCGGACAAGCAGUGGAUUCUUUACCGUUGAAGAGGUCAUUUACGAUACACGAUUAUAUCGUGUCCAUGGAACAGGUCCAUCAAUUUAUUUAGAAUCCGUUCCGGUUACAUAUAAAUCAUUAGAUCCACGAUUUGUGUUCGUACUCGAUACGGGUUUGAAAAUUUUCUUAUGGUAUGGAAAAAAAGCAAAAAAUACGUUAAAAUCAAAAGCUCGUUUAAUGUCGGAGAAAAUUAAUAAAAACGAACGAAAGAAUAAAGCGGAAAUUAUUAAUGAACAAAUUGGUGAGGAGAGUAGUGAAUUUUGGAAGCUGAUGGGAAUACCAAGUGGAGAUCCACCUGAUGAACCGAUCGAAGAACAUUUAAGUUUAGAGUUUGAACCAAAUAUACCGCGAUUAUAUCAAGUGCGGCUUGGUGCUGGUUAUUUGGAACUACCACAAGUUGAAGUUCCUGGUGGAAAACUUAUUAGCAAAUUGUUGAAUAAUCGGAAUGUGUAUAUUUUGGAUUGUUAUUUGGAUGUUUUUGUUUGGUUUGGUAAAAAAUCAACUCGACUCGUACGUGCAGCUGCAAUUAAAUUAUCUCAGGAGCUAUUUAAUAUGAUCAAUCGACCAAGCUACUCAAAAGUGACUCGUGUUCAAGAGGGAACUGAAACCCAGAUAUUCAAAUCAAAAUUCAUCGAUUGGGAUGAAGUAAUCGCCGUGGAUUUCACACGAACAGCUGAAUCAGUAAGAAAAACAGGUGCAGAUUUAAUAGAAUGGGCCCGUCAACAAGAAAUCAAAACAGAUUUAGCCGCACUCUUCCAACCACGUCAAUUACCUGUACCUUUUGCUGAAGCACAACAAUUAGCCGACGAAUGGAACGAUGAUUUAGAUAGUAUGGAAGCGUUUGUUUUAGAAGGAAAAAAAUUCGUGCGACUACCAGAAGAUGAAAUUGGUCACUUCUAUAGCAAGGAUUGUUAUGUAUUCUUAUGUCGAUAUUGGAUACCACCGGAAGAUGAUGAAGAUUAUCCAACGGAAGAACCGAUUGAAUCGGAUUUUCAAUGUAUUGUAUAUUUUUGGCAAGGUCGUGAUGCUGGAAAUAUGGGUUGGCUUACAUUUACGUUUACAUUACAAAAGAAAUUUAUGAGUUUAUUCCAUGAUAAGCUGGAAGUGAUUCGAACGCAUCAACAGCAGGAGAAUAUUAAAUUUUUAGCGCAUUUUAAACGAAAAUUUAUUAUACAUCAAGGAAAACGUGGUGAAAAAUUGCAGAAAGGACAAAAACCUCCGGUGCAAUUCUUUCAUUUACGUGCGAACGGUAGUGCGUUAUGUACACGAUUGAUUCAAGUUAAACCAGAUGCUUUUAAUUUAAAUUCAGCUUUUUGCUACAUUUUAAAUGUCCCAUUCGAACAAGAUGAUGGUGAAUCAAGUAUUGUCUACGUAUGGAUUGGUUCCAAAUCCAAUUCGGAGGAAGCACGAUUAAUUGAAGAAAUCGCUAACGAAAUGUUUAAUAGUCCGUGGGUUAGCUUACAAGUGUUAAACGAAGGUGAAGAACCAAAUAAUUUCUUUUGGGUAGCACUAAAUGGACAGAAACCGUAUGAUCGUGAUGCUGAAUUUAUGAAUUAUACAAGAUUGUUUCGAUGUUCGAAUGAGAAAGGAUAUUUUACGGUAUCAGAGAAAUGUACUGAUUUCUGUCAGGAUGAUUUAGCCGAUGAAGAUAUAAUGAUCUUGGAUAAUGGUGAACAAGUAUUCUUAUGGUUUGGUGAUAAAUGUAGUGAAGUUGAAAAGAAAUUAGCAUUUAAAUCCGCUCAAGUUUACGUCCAACAUAUGAAAGUCAAACAACCAGAUCGACCACGAAAAUUAAUGCUAUCAUUAAAGAAUCGUGAAUCAAGACGAUUUACUAAAUGUUUUCAUGGUUGGAGUCAUUAUCGUACUACACCAGCAUAAUAUACUUUAUUUAUUUUUACUUUUCAAUCCAUUUUUUAUAGUAUAUAUUUGUUCCCUCCGCUUCCGCUACGACUCUACCCCCCCCCCCUUCUACCUUUUAUAUAUUUAUUAAUAAUAAAAUAACAAUGACA